CACAAAGAAAAUAUUUAAAUUUAGUUAUUUCACUUGUAAUACAACUAAGCGGUCAAUAAAUAUAAAUUGUGAAUAUUUCGAUAUUUUUCUUAAAAGCUUGCAUCACGUCUUAUUCGAUUGUGUAUUUUGUAUUUGGAUUUGUUAUCAUUUUAUCAGUAAGGAUUAUAACUUCCACUGAUUAAACUCGCUUGCUUAGUUUUUUCGUAUGUUCGUGCUUGCUCAAAAAUCCACAAUUUCGCAAGUGCACGAUGUCUGAGAACACAAGAAGUUCGGCGUUCAGAAAAAUCGACGUCGAUCAAUUCAAUGAGAAUUUCAAAGAUGAUGAACAAACGGAAAAUCAAUCAACGACUGCCAUUCCAGACGAAUCUGAAAUUACAACCAUGAUUAACCAAGGUCGUUUUGCUGAUGCUUUAAAAUCUGCAUUGAAAAAUGCACCUUUAGGAUCAAAAAAUCAACAAUUAAGGGACAAUGCCUUAAAUGUUGUAAUGAAAGUUCUUCUGGCCACCAAGUUAUCACAAAUUGAUGAAGUUGUUGCUCAAUUAGAUAUUGACAUGGUAGAUGUUCUUAUGAAGUAUAUUUACAAAGGGUUUGAAAAGUCGACUGAGAAAAAAAGCAGCCAUCUUCUUAUGUGGCAUGAAAAAGCCUAUGCUCUUGGAGGAGCUGGUAGUAUAAUCAGAGUACUUACUGACCGUAAAAGAGUAUAAUAUAACUAACAUUUUUUUUUUUUUUUUUAUAAUUUAUUUUAAACAUUAAUAUAAUAAUGUCAAAAAUUGUAUUUGGUACUACAUAUUAUUAUUUUAUUUUUUGUUAAGUUUAUAAGUAUCGGCAUUUAAUUUUACUAAGGUAAUAUGAUAUUAUGUAUUGUCAAAUAUUAUUAUUUUCUAAAAAUUAAAUUAUGUUCUUUUUUUAUUAGCAUUGAAAUAUGCUGCUCCGUGAAAAAAAAUAUUAAAUGGUAUUUAAAAACAUUUAUAGAAAUAUAAACUUUUUUUAAAUAUA